AGGCUGGGUGGGAUGUCAGUGGGAGUGACUGCUGUCCCGUAUAGCUCAUAUCUCCUCUACAGCUCUCUACAGCGUCUGGUGUGAGAGAAGUACAACAUUUCCACAAGAAGUUCCUCUGUCAGACUGCACUUAUUCACACUGUUACAACUCCAGGAGGAAGAGCUGCACUGGUCAUAAUCUGCCCUGAUCCGGGGGGAGGAUGGACAGCGCGGGCAGGAAGGUGGUCGUCUGUGAUAAUGGCACUGGGUUUGUCAAGUGUGGAUUUGCUGGGUCCAAUUUCCCAGAACACAUCUUCCCGGCACUUAUAGGACGCCCUGUCAUACGCUCAGACACUAAAGUGGGCAAUAUUGUGAUUAAGGACCUGAUGGUGGGAGAUGAGGCGAGUGAAUGUCGAUCCAUGCUGGAGGUCUCCUAUCCUAUGGAGAAUGGGAUGGUGCGCAACUGGGAGGACAUGCUCCACCUGUGGGAUCACACAUUUGGACCAGAUCGUCUGAACAUCAGUCCGUCUGACUGUAAAGUUCUGUUGACCGAACCACCUCUGAACCCGCUAAAGAACCGGCAGAAGAUUGCAGAGGUCAUGUUUGAGACUUACAAGUUUCAUGGCAUCUACAUCGCCAUCCAGGCUGUGCUGACGCUCUACGCACAGGGUCUCCUGACAGGUGUGGUGGUGGAUUCAGGUGAUGGUGUGACUCAUAUCUGUCCUGUGUAUGAGGGUUUCUCACUUCCCCACCUGACACGCAGGCUCGACAUUGCAGGACGUGACAUCACACGCUACCUCAUCAAGCUGUUGCUGCUGAGGGGCUAUGCUUUCAACCAAACAGCAGACUUUGAGACGGUUCGGAUGAUGAAGGAGAAGCUGUGCUUUGUGGGUUACAACAUAGAACAGGAGCAGAAACUGUCUAACGAGACGACUUUUCUGGUGGAGUCGUACACGCUGCCAGAUGGGCGCAACAUAAAGCUUGGAGGAGAAAGAUUCGGGGCUCCAGAGGCGCUUUUCCAGCCCCACCUCAUCAACAUAGAGGGCGCCGGGGUGGCCGAGCUCCUCUUCAACACCAUCCAGGCUGCUGACAUCGACCUCAGGGCGGAUUUGUACAAGCAUAUCGUGUUGUCUGGAGGGACGACCAUGUAUCCCGGACUGCCCUCUCGCCUGGAGAGAGAGCUCAAGCAGCUGUAUCUGGAAAGAGUGCUGAAAGGAGACACAGAAAAGCUCUCAAAGUUUAAGAUCCGGAUCGAGGACCCCCCUCGCCGUAAGCACAUGGUGUUCAUGGGUGGAGCCGUGCUGGCCAACAUCAUGAAAGAUAAAGAGUCGUUCUGGUUGUCCAGAGCUGAGUAUGAGGAAAAAGGCCUGAAAGUGCUGGACAAGCUCGGCGGAGCAACAAAAUGAACCGACACGAACAGAAAGCACUAUACUGACACACCGGUUCACUCGCAUUGAUAUUGGAAAACUGAUGAAAUGCAUAUGAAUAUAUGAGGGGUUUUUAUUUUUUUAUAUAUUUUUUUCUGACUAUAAAAUGGUCCAAAGUGACCUGAACUUUCAAGCAUCACUUAUUUCCGUAAGUUACUUAAAAAUAUUUUGUAUUUGUAAUUAAGAAGGAAUAAAAAAGGAGUCCAGUAUAAUUUUA